AUGAAGAGAUUUACACUCCUCGUUAUCUUGACUUCGGCCACCGUCACUAUGGCCCGCUGCUUUCCUGACAGCGGCCAGAAAUGGGCCACCGAAGCCUGCAAAGAUGCGGCUAGGGGUGCUAUCAGGGACCUUUGUAACAGCGGUAGGUUCGCAGGCUAUUUCAAUCAGGGCGAAACCAAGUACGCUUGCGCCGAAUGCCCGUACGCGGGCAUCAAGUUUGAUUUCGCUGUGGGUUGGCAAGGCCGAGGCGGCUUGACCCUCAACAAAGAAGACUGCAUUAAGCGACUGACCGACGAGGUUAAUGGCUGCCAAGCCGGCGGCGAGAAAGUUACUGCUGACUGGCUUUUCCGGUCUGACCCUAACACGGGCCGGUGCUGA